AUGGCGGGAGGCUGGCGGGCGUCGCGGCGGAGGCCCCAGGGCCUCAAGUCGGUUGAGCAGGGGCACCUGGCUGAGGGGCAGCUCAAACGCAGCUUCUCGUUCCUGCUGCCGUUGCUGCUUCCGCCCCUGCUGCUGCUGCUGCUGCUGCUGCUGCUGCUGCUGCUGCUGCUGCGCCUGCUGCUGCUGCUGCAGCCGCCCGUCCUGGUGCUGCUGCUGCUGCUGCUGCUGCUGCUGCUGCUGCCCGUCCUGCUGAUGCAUCUCGUGAACUUGCAUAAGUGCGGCUUCCUGGGGAUGCAGCGAUGCACGCCUGGCGGCCGCGGCCCGCAACGCCGCAAGGGGCACCUGGCUGCUUGCGAUCGUGUCCAGAUCAUCCGCCUCAGCAGACACAGCAUCUGA